ACCAAAAUGUGGAAAACUAACUAUUACCAAGAGAGUAAUCUCUUGCUUAAGAGGGAUUACCUUAGUUAGAGGGUCUAUAUGGGGGAUUCACUCUCUUACCUUGAUAAUCUCUUGCUACUACUGAAGAACGCUACACAGGCAAGGGAUUUCUUUGAUUGACAUUUUACUCGACUUUCCCAGAAUGCCAAAGCAAGCAGGUACCGGUGUUAUCACCUCUCAGUGGAGAUAAAGGUUCGAACGUAAAUAACCUGCGGUGAUAAAUAUUUUAUUAAGCGACUUCUUCUUCGUCCGUAAGGUUCUUUCAUCUUUUGAAAGCAGUCAUGGUUCCAAAAGCGGAUUUUUCUGCGAUUGGUUUUCAUUGGAGUUCUAGUUAAGCAGAUUAUUGGAAGGUGUCUGGAUGAGAUCGACAUUUAAAGGCGAACAAUUUUCUAGAGUAACGCCUGGACUGUUUGGUGCACGCUACAGAAAUCUUUGAGAUCAGCUACAAGUUACCAGCAAUUAUGAGAAAUCGAAGACUGUUUGUAAAGGUUUUCAUCCUCACCUCUCUAUUCUGGCUCGCUGUUGACAUCCUUUACGUUUUAUCCUCCAUGAACAGUCAGAUGAAUUUCUUCGAUACAGACUCGUUUGUACCGUUAGACGCAACCGGAAGUGCACACGUAAAGCGGUCGCGCGACGGAGCCAAGCAACGGAAGUGGACCAGCUCCAAAGUCAGGCCGUACUUUACUGAAGUCAUUCAAGGGUUGGGAGAUGACGGCGAACCGGCGGCUUUACCGCCUCGGUUCAAGGAUGAAGCAGAACAUGUGUUUGAUAAUCAUUCAUUUAAUGUGAUUCUUAGCGAUCAUAUGUCUCUAGAUAGAAGUCUGAGGGAUUAUCGGGGACCAAAAUGUCGUCAGAAGCACAAGAAAUACCCAACUAAGCUACCCACCACAAGUGUGAUCAUCUGUUUCCACAAUGAAGCUCUGUCAGUUUUAUUAAGGACGGUGCACAGUGUCCUAAAUCGUUCACCUCCACAUCUUUUGGCAGACAUAAUUCUCGUGGAUGACUUCAGCGAAUACGAAAAUCUCAAGAAGCCCCUGGAAGAACAAGUCAGCCAAUUUGAAAAAGUCAAAGUUUUGCGAAUGCCGCAGAGGGAAGGUCUGGUGCGAGCACGGCUUCGCGGAGCCGAGGUGUCCCGGGGAGAAGUUCUGACUUUUCUGGACUCUCACUGUGAAGCGACUGAAGGAUGGCUGGAACCAAUGCUGGCGAGGAUCGCUCAGAAUCGUUCAAAUGUUGUCUGUCCUGUCAUAGAGGUGAUCAAUGCCGAUGACUUUGGCUAUCAAACUUCUGAUGUGAUUUAUGAGCGUGGAGGCUUUUCUUGGGACUUAUUUUUCACAUGGAAAGCAAUUCCUGAAGACGAGAAGAAACGAAGGGAGGACGAAACAGACUUUAUAAGGAGUCCAACCAUGGCGGGAGGUCUGUUUUCCAUGCACAAACAAUAUUUCUACGACCUAGGAUCUUAUGAUGACCAAAUGGACAUAUGGGGAGGAGAGAACCUGGAACUUUCCUUUACGCUGAGUAGAUCCAAAAUAACGUGCAGGAGGAAAACUGAAGAAGAAAAGAAUGUUGAUAUCGGCGACAUUAGCGAACGAAUCAAACUGAGGAAAAGACUGGGCUGUAAAAACUUUAAAUGGUAUCUGGAAAACGUGUUCCCGGAUCUAGCUUCAGUAGAUCCCAAUCCUCCUGCGCAGGGAGAGGUACGUAAAGCACCUUAUCCAGGAGGUUCCACUGUCGUAAAAGUUCCAUGGGUAUAUUUACCUAUAAUAAAAUUCAGUGACUACUUAUUCCAGGGCACCGUAGUACACGUGUGGACGGGCACUUGUCUAGACAUGUCUAAAGAUCAACAGAACGUGGUGGUUAAUCCAUGCAAAAGAGGAAAGAGCACACAGAAAUGGACAUUCUCUCGUUACCAACAGCUAAAAACCAGGAAGAACUCCUAAAAUUCCUGCUUAGCCACGAGGCACAAUGGUUUGGGUCAAGAAUGGCGGGAUGUGGGGCUGGCAGAAUGUUGGUCUGGCGGGUAGAGGAGGAACUGGUGACUUCAAAGUAUGGAUAUAUAACCAUGGCUACAUCACGUGCGGUCGCCAUGACGCCUCAUUGAUGUUAUGAUAUUCAAGAAAGACAACUUUGAUAGGUUUAUAAACAAGUAUGGUGUUAUAUUUACUUUUAUUAAAGAGAUCGAUUUUUGCAACUUGUCUGAUGUAGCUACGGGCUCAAAGGUUAUCUCGUUUGGACAAAAUCAAGCAACUGAUGAAAUGAAAACCAAAACGUAAUAAUUUAACCGCGUCCCCAAAACUUCGCGUUUCUGUAACCAACCUUUCUUUUCUCUUUCUCUCUAUCUUUGGGUUUUUUUCUGAAACUGAUAUGCGAUUAACUUUGAUGAUUUCAAAGGAAUUUCACUUGCAUGUUAGUUUGUUAGUGAGUUAUGGUCUGUGAUGAGCCUUAUUCUUUUGCCGUGCCGCAAAAACUUCCACAGAAUCAGGGCUGUUCAGUACCUUUACGAAGAUUUGCCGAAAACGGCACUAUACCACAAAGACUUCUCAAGAAUUUGUUUCAAUGAGAACAAAAGCCAUCUAACAAACAACCUUCUAUAACAUAAAUAAUUUUUA